CCGAGGUGUCGCGGGGCUGCUGGAGGGUCGUGGGUGGCACAGAGGAGACAUGUCGGGGGGCAGCAGCUGCAGCCAGACUCCCAGCCGGGCCAUCCCCACUCGCCGCGUAGCCCUCGGCGACGGCGUGCAGCUCCCGCCCGGGGACUACAGCACCACCCCCGGCGGCACGCUCUUCAGCACCACCCCGGGAGGAACCAGGAUCAUCUAUGAGCGGAAAUUCCUGAUGGAGUGUCGGAACUCACCUGUGGCCAAAACACCCCCGAAGGACCUACCAGCUAUUCCUGGGGUCACAAGCCCAACCAGCGAUGAGCCUCCCAUGCAAGCCAGCCAGAGUCACCUGCACAGCAGCCCGGAAGAUAAGCGAGCAGGUGGUGAAGAGUCACAGUUUGAGAUGGACAUUUAAGGGAACAGCCAUAGGAUGGAAUGAUGCUUCUGGGCCCCUGAGGCCCUUGGAAGGAGAGCCACAGCAGUCAGGCCUUACACCAGGCAGAUAUCGGGUGUGGGCCGACGCCCAGCCCCGCUCCUCACUCUGCCUUCCAUUUUGUGAAUACCAGCACAUACCUCCUUGUGCCUCUGUUGACACCGAGCUGCUACUCCAGGGGAAUGACUCUCGCCCACACCCUGCAUCCAGUGCCGGGAAGUGGAUACAGAGGAGCCCGUCAGAAUGGUCGUCUGGCAAUUCUAGCCCCAACCUCUGGAGCACACCCACCCUCUCCUUAGGUUGGGGUACCUGGGAAAGCUACCCUUCACUUCUGAGAGGAAAUAAAAGCCACCUUUACCCUAGGCCCAAGGUUGGGCCCUGUCUGAACUGUUUUCAACCUGAAGUGAUAACACAGUCACUCUCUGGUCAGUGCUUACAGUGUACUUUCCUUUAUAUUAUCUCACGUGAUUACCAUACCAGGUCUCUAGGUAAGCAGGAGUCUGGCUGGAGAUAAAGUAGUUCUCUAUGGAACUGGGCUAGAGCUCUGCUGCUCUGUAAUUCUUGUUUUUAGCAGCAAGUAUUACCUUUGUCCAGCUAGAUGGUGACCUUUCCCCUUGCGCCCGGGCCAUUGUAGACUCUGGGAUCCACAGUUGCCUAGUCCUUGUCAGUCAUCUCUCUCUCUCUGUGUGCUGCCAUGGGGGGAUGCAGAGGAGAUAAUUUCUCUGCCCUAAGGACUUUAUUGAAGUAUA